AUGUACAGGGUAGCAAGUGCGUCGGAGUAUCUUGUGAUCACAGGUAUCGGAAUUGAGGACAUAAAGCUCGCAAAGAAGGCAUGGAUCCUCCCUGGUCAGUCCUACACCAAAUUCGACCUCUCCCCUGUCAACUACACCUUCGAAGUCCAAGCCAUGAGCGCAGAGAAGCUCCCUUUUAUCCUCCCUGCAGUCUUCACCAUCGGCCCUCGUGUGGACGACGAGUUCAGCCUCCUCAAGUACGCCAAGCUCAUUUCCCCUCACGACAAGCUCUCCAACCAUGUCAAGGAGCUCGUCCAAGGCAUCAUUGAGGGAGAGACUCGAGUUCUUGCUGCCUCAAUGACCAUGGAAGAGGUCUUCAAAGGUACCAAAGAGUUCAAACAAGAAGUAUUCGAGAAAGUCCAGCUCGAACUUAAUCAGUUUGGGCUCUUGAUUUAUAAUGCUAAUGUUAAGCAGCUGGUCGAUGUGCCGGGUCAUGAGUACUUCUCUUAUCUUGGCCAGAAGACCCAGAUGGAGGCUGCAAAUCAGGCUAAAGUUGAUGUUGCAGAGGCCAGGAUGAAAGGAGAAGUCGGCGCAAAGCUCCGUGAAGGGCAGACUUUACAGAAUGCGGCGAAGAUCGAUGCAGAGACGAGGAUCAUUUCGACGCAGAGACAAGGAGAUGGGAAGAAGGAAGAGAUUAAGGUGAAAACAGAGGUUAAGAUUUUUGAGAAUGAAAAGGAGGCUGAAGUGGCUGAAGCCAACGCUGAUUUGGCAACAAAGAAGGCUGGGUGGGCUCAGCAAUCGCAGUUAGCAGAGGUGGAGGCUGCCAAGGCAGUGGCCAUUCGAGAAGCCGAGUUGCAGAGGGACGUCGAACAGAUGAACGCUUUGACUCGAACGGAGAAGCUCAAGGCCGAGUUACUCAGUAAGGCCAGCGUCGAGUACGAGACAAAGGUGCAAGAGGCGAAUUGGGAGCUCUAUAAGAAACAAAAAGAAGCGGAAGCAGUUUUGUAUAAGAAGGAGAAGGAGGCAGAGGCACAGAAAGCAAUGGCAGAAGCAAGCUUCUAUGCCCGUCAACAAGUUGCAGAUGCAGAACUGUACGCAAAGAAUAAGGAGGCUGAAGGGCUUGUGGCUCUUGCACAGGCACAAGGGAUCUAUCUGCGCACUCUCCUAGAAGCUUUGGGAGGCAACUAUGGUGCAUUUAGAGACUACUUGAUGAUCAAUGGUGGAAUGUUUCAGGAGAUUGCGAAAAUUAAUGCGGAGGCCGUGAAAGGGUUGCAACCCAAAAUCAGCAUUUGGAACAAUGGGAGCAGUACUGGCAGUGAGAUGGGCGAGGGUGCAGGUGGGAACAGUAGUAGCACAGCCAUGAAGGAGGUGGCCGGGGUUUACCGGAUGUUGCCCCCCUUGUUUCAAACAGUGCAUGAGCAAACUGGGAUGCUACCACCGGCAUGGAUGGGCACAAUACCAGACUCAAUUACCACUUAAGAAUUCAAUCGCAUCGUCAAGAAAAUCUCUCUCUCAUAAAUAAAGGGUUUUUUUUUUAAAUGAUGGUUGUCCAGGCCUUUGUUCUGACUAAUCCUGCUGGUCCAUACUAACCCCACAACCACAUAGAUCGGGUCAUACCAAGGUUGAAUGAGAACCAUUCAACUUUCACUAAAAGCAGUAAAGAGCACUAAACACCCUGUAUGAAUGACCCAAGAUGUGCCUAGUGGGAGUAUAAAUAAAGGGUGAAUAUCUUAGAAAAAUAAGUACUCAAGUUGCAUCUCUUUUUCUUUAAGCA